ACACAUUCGUGGAAAGUGUUGAAACGUCAAAUGUCUUCUCAGUCGGAUAAAGAUGUUUAACGUGAUGUUAUUGCACGACUUGUGAAUGUUUCGGAAUUUAAUCGGUAAUUGGUUAAUAGUUGUACGUUAUUGGUAAUAUGUCGCUAUUUGACAGGAAAUCGCUCAGGACAUUUCGAAAGGCAUUGAGUUCUGGAUUUGCUUGGAGGUAGCACUUAAUCAAUUUCGAACGAAACGAUGGAAACUGAAAUCAUCUGUAUUUCUUCCGACGAUGAGUUUGACUCGCAAAAGGAAAACAAAACGGAUAAACCUGUGGCUAAUUUUGCAGAGAUUAGUAAAGAAACCCUUGUUUCUGCAAAAACAGAAACUGUAAGCAGUAAAAAUGAAAAAAUUGAAGAGAAACAUUUGAAACGAAAAAUAGUACACAUAGAUGAGGAAAAGAUAGCUAAUAAUAAAGAAAAAAAAGUAAAAUUUUCUAAUCAAGAUACAGUCAAGGUGACAAAUAAGAAAAUUGAUUUAUGUCGUGUGCCUCAGAUACGUCUUAUUAAAAGUGAUUGUCAUGUACAACUAAACAAGAAGCAAGAAACAACUGAAAACACACAAUUGAUUGUAAAAGAAAAGAAAAAGAUAUCAUAUAUUCCACAGGACGUCUUUCCUCGGUUUAUAAGUUUAUGUCAACAAAAGUGCCCAGAAGGUGAUAACAUAUCGAUGAAUACAAUUAUCAGUAAAUUAAAAAGACGUUAUGAAAAAUUGGAUCCAAUUUAUGUGACAUCAGAAAAUUUUAUCACGCUUUUAAAUGAAAAGCGCAAUGCUAUUAUGAAUAACAACAAAGAAGUAUAUGUACAUAUAAGAGAAGUAAUGAAUGAAAUGAAACAUGAAAUUGAAAGAAAGAGAAUAAAGAACUCCCAAUCUUUGCAAAAUAAUGAAAUCUAUGAUGCAGUUCCUUCCACUUCUUAUGCUACAAAUAAUGUAUCAGUUAAUAAUAUAAAAUCGGAUAAUAAUAAUCCAAUUAAUAAUGCAAUAAAAUUGGAUGAUAAUGAUGGUGAUGAUAAUGAGGACGAUAACGAGGAUAAUACCAAGACUGAUAAUGAAGAUGAUAAUGAAAGAAAGGAAAUAAAAAUUAAAGCGCUAUUGCGCGCUAUGAGAAAAUGUGAAGUAAAAAUUAAAAGAUUGGAAGAACAGGAAGUUGAUUUUGAUCAGGGCAAAGAUAGUAAUUAUUUCAAAGUCGGAGCCUAUAAAAAAAGAAUUGUAACGUUGUACAAUAAACUUUGUGAGCUAACGGGAGAAAAUGCUGAUGCAGGACGUGCAUAUUUGCGUCCUAAGCAUUUAAACGUAACUCAGAUCGUUGCUGUGGAUCAAGCAAUAACGAAUUUUAUUAACUCUAAAAUUAUUGCACGAAAUCGAAAUAAUUACAGACGAAAUUUAAAGACCGUUCUUACAGAUGAUUUAAUAUUCCCUGAUUAUAGAGACAUCUUGGAAUGUGUUGAGAGAUGCAAUGAGAAACAAAAUCUACAAUUAAAAAAAAAAAGACAGAAACAAAUUGCACGGAAAGCUUUCAGGGAACUUGGAGAACAUUUACAACGUACAAGGCACAACGAUUAUUGGGACACUUUUUCUUUGUAUCUUGAUAAUAAAGAAGAUCCAGCUUUACAUGAUAGUAAUUUAGCGAAUAAAUUAGCUAACAAUCGUGUUAUGGGUGAAAAACGAUUAGCUGCCGUAUUUAAAAAAUAUACAAAGCUACAACAAGAGCUAUCAGACCAGGAAGAAGAGGAUAGGAAGAGAAGGAGGAGGAGGAGGAGGAAGGAGGAGGAGGAGGAGGAGGAGGAGGAGAAUGAAGAGGAGCUGGAAGAAGAGGAGGAGGAGGAGGAGGAGGAGGUAGAGGUAGAGGUAGAGGUAGAAGUGGAGGUAGAGGUAGAGAAAGAGAAAGUCAAAGUCAAAGAGACAAAUAGUAUAAAUGACGAAAAUAAGAUCAAUGAUUGUUUAUCUGUAACAAGCGAGAAAAGUAACAAUAGCGAAAAACCUACAGAGACAGCAGUUAAUGAAAAUAGAUUACUUAUAAAAAAGAAUAAUAUAAAUAUAGUAAAUGCGUGUCACUCUAUAGAUAAAGUUAUUUCAAAUAAAACUGCAGCAGAUACCUCACAAGAGAAAUGUGAAAACGCGACUGAAGUAAAAGUUAUUAUGAGAGAGAAUAAUACGGCAAUAUCAACGAAUGAGAAUAAGACGAAUAGCAAGAAUAUGGUACAUGAGCCGUGCAACAGCAGUGUUGUGAAGAAUGUUGUCAUUAAUAUGCAAGAGGACUCACUACCAGUGACUUCUACGACAAACUGCACAAAGAUGAAAACAAAAGAAGUAUCCAAAGUGAUAACAGAUCCUGCAACAAAGAGGACCACCAAGGGUGCAGCAGAUACAGUAAACAGGGUUACAACAAAACUAGUAACAGAAGAUACACCACAGCUGGUAAGAGGGAAUACAGUGACGCCAAUAACGGGAGAUACAACUGAGACAGUGGAAAAUGCAGCAGAAAUAAUAGAGUAUGAACCAGAGAUAAUAACCGAGACUAUAGAUGGAGCAAUCGAGAAUAUGCUAAAUGAUGAAUCAGGACAAGAAAAGAAGCCUGUAUUGCGAUGUCGUUCAUUUGCUAAACCACCUACGACCUGGGAGGACAAUCAGCACAAAACAGAUAAAACCGCUCAAAAAAAUACGCCAAAGGUAACAAAUCAAAUUAAAGAAAUAGUUGAUUUGACUAAUGAAGGAACAACCAAGCCACCAUCUGCUGUUAAAUAUACUACUGUACAACUUGGAAACAAAGUCCUUCCCAUAGUGAAACAUACACUGUUUAUACCUUCAAAUAAUAAGAAUAUAAUUAAUGUCCAAAAUAUUACAAAUAAUUAUUUAAAGAUAAAUCCGCAAACGGGUAAAAUAAUAGAACCUGCACGUAACAUUUCUGGACCUAUACUUCGACUGCCAAUUGGAACCAUUCCGACUACCAGUCGACAAAGCCAAAUGCAAAGUCCUAUUAUUAUAAGAAACGAUCCUUUGAAAGGAAACGACGUAGUAAAAGUCCGAAAAGUCCUUAUAUCUAAAAAUCACAUUGUAUCUCAGAAACCGACAGUGCAGUCCGUCUCCAAGCAAACGGAUGUGAGUUCACCGAUGUCAAAAUCCAAAUGACUUGAACAUAUAACAAAGACUAUUCUUCUUGAUCAUUGUUACACAAAAAACAGUAUCGAUCUAGAUAAUGUGUGGCAAGGUGAUCAAUCGUGAUGUUAAAUAUGUUUAUAUGAUUGUCUAUAUAUUUUUAAUUUAUAAGUCGUACAUAUAAAAAUAUAUAGUAAUAUAAUUAAUAAAUUUUCUAUCAAAUUUGAAA